AGUAAUCAAUUUAUAUCGCCAUGACAACUACCAAAUAUUGGCUGUUUCAAGAUUUUAUUUGCACGUAUCAAGAUUUGAGUAAAAUCCUCGAGAUAUCGCAAAAUAAUGGAAGAACACAUGACAAAGACGGUACUGGACCCGGGACACCCGCUCCUGGAAAAAUUCCAGGCGGCGCUCAAAGAACAUUAUCUCGUUCAAAUAGCCAAAUUACAAGACGAAAUUAGCGAGUUAGAGCUCGAGACGAAGCAAAAAAUUACUGAAAAGGACUUCAUAGGGAUUCAGGCUUACGAAAUCCAACAGACGGUGUGUCGUCAACAACGUACCAUGGAAGAAACAUCAAAGGAACUCCAAACGGUCAUAGCUGCGCGAGAGGAAAUCGAACACCAACUCAAAGAAGAAAAAGACUACUAUAAUGAAGUCCGCGAACGGCUAAUCGAGGCAGAAAAGUUAAAUCUAGAGCUGAGGAACGAAAUUAAUGCUGUCAACUUGCUAAUCAACCAGAUUUCGCAGUGGGAGAUGCAGGUCGAGUCGGAUUUGGUAGUGAAUCAACGGGUAGCAGAAAAAACACGUAAAGACCACCUGAAACUCGCCGAACAAAAACGGAAACAAGACGCGCAGAUUUACAACAUAAUGAGAGCCAUCUGGAAACUAGAAUCAGAAGUGGAAACGAUGAACAUGCAAAUUAACCUAAAGGAAACGGAGAAAAAGGAGAUCAACCAAACCGCGGCUGUUGGUGCCGCAAAUUUGGAAGCUCUUCAAACCGAAUAUAGGUGUCUCAUGCACGCUUGGAAUUCCGUAGUUGUAGCGAUAGGGAACAGGGAUAAAAUACUGGAUUGCUUGAGGCUUGAGGGCGGCAAAGUGCGCGAAAAAAUCCAAACCACUGCCUGCGAAAUCGAACAGGUUAAGAAGCUGACGAAGAAAGAGAUGAACGACAACGAACGCUUGACGAUGAACAAGGCGCGAGUCGAAUCGGACCUAAAAAAUUGCAACGCGCAAACGCAAACCCGCCUGGACGAGUACCGCACGGAAGAGGGCGCUGCGUGCGCACUGCAGGCCGUCCUCGACCAAACGGAAUUCGACACAUCGCAAGCUAGCAGCGAGAAUCGCGUCCAACAAACGACGUUGUCGAAUAUGCUCAAGGACUAUGAAAAAAUAGCCAACAAGAAAAUGGACACGGAACAAAAACUGUCCGAUUACAUCGAGGACAAGGCUAUGAGCGACAAAAUGGUCGGCAACUUGCACAGACAGUUGAAAACCUGUCGAGAGCGCAGAAAAGACCUCGAGAUCAUUCUUAACGAGGCCGAGAACAAAUUGAGCCUGUUGCGAGCCGAAAUCGAGGCUCAGAAGUUCGCGAACGAGGAGAGUAGCAAAGUGCUAGGGGAUGCCGAACGGGACAGGUCCGUGUUGGAGCAAGAAGCGGACUGCUUGGACUCAGAAAAGGGCAAGUACGAGCUGUUGUUUCGCAAAAAGGAACGCCACUUGGGCGUAUUGGGUAACAAGCUCGAGCACUUGCUCGAGAAGAGCGACGGGCGAGAAUUAGCUUCGCCUCAGGAGCUCCGCAUUGCCGCGUUGGAGAAACAGAUCGACGAAACUUUGGACCGGGUGAAGGGUCUGCAGCGCUUCUGGCUCAGGGAGCAGAAACACCUGCUCAACGUGUCGGACGAGCGUCAAGCGCAACUGAACAAGCUCAACUUGUUGAAGAAGCAGCGACUGAUUCUCGAACAGAAGAACUUGCAGGCGCGGAACGAGUUGGAUGAGUUGAAGACGCGCGAGGAAAAAAUCGGGAGGAACGUGAGGCAGCUGCAAAACAAGGCCGGCAUCCUCUGCGACGCAUUGUUUAAGAAACGAGGUCGGAAAACUAGCCUGGACGAUGAUAAUUUCUACCUGCGGACGCAGUACGAGGGCAAUUUGAAAGACUGUGAACUGGAGUGUUUGAAAGCGGAAGCACAGGUAGCAGAAAUGGAGGACGACAGGGUGAGACUGACCGAGGAGUUGGUGGAAGUGAACCGCAACGAUCUCGAUUGGGAGAAGAAGGUCAAGCUGGCGAAAGAGACGAAGGAGAACAUUAAAACCGAACAGAGCAAGGGAGGAGAAUUAGAGAACAUGAAACAGGAGAUCCAGAGGAUGAACGUUAUCUACGGUCAAUUGAGGAAGGCUCAGGAAAAACUCGUCAAAGAUUUGGAUCAUUGCGUUUCCAGGAGGGACGCGAUAUUCACGGUCGCAGAGGCGCGUCAGAAACGCUCCAAAAUUGCGGAGGAUCGGACAAGGAUUAACCUGACUCGAAAAAUGGACGAUAUCAAGAACCAAAUAAAACGGUACGAGAACGAUAUCAAAAAUAUAGCGGAAAAGGUGACGAAGUUGGAAGCCGAGAGAGGGCAGGUAGAACGUGAAUUGGACGCUUUAAUGGUCGAGAUUAAGGUGUCGGAAGAUUACGCGAGAUCAUUAUCGGAAGAAAUUGAGGCGCGGAAAACCAACAGGCAAUUGAAGUUUGAGGUCUUGCUCCUGGUACAGAAGAAGCUUCAGGUGUAUGGGGAUUUGGCGGCAAAGAAGACACCUUACGUCAAAUACAAGAGGGACCAGCAGCUGUUCGAAUACGGUCCGGAAUUGUUUAGCAAGUGGGUAGGCGAAUCGGAGAAAGCCAUCAGGGAGGUGUUUCGGAAAGCCAAACAAGUGGCGCCAUCUAUUGUGUUUUUUGACGAAAUUGAUGCGCUCGGAAGCGAGAGGACUUCCGGGUCAUCCGCGAGCGUACAGGAGAGAGUUUUGGCCCAACUGCUAACUGAAUUAGACGGAGUAACUCCGUUGGGAGACGUUACGAUAUUGGCAGCGACCAAUCGACCGGAUAAAAUCGAUAAAGCCCUGUUGAGACCAGGAAGGUUGGACAGGAUCGUGUAUGUCCCGUUGCCUGAUAGAAAUACCCGGAUGGAAAUAUUUAGGAUAAAGUUGAGCAACAUGCCGACCAUCGACGUGAUAUUAGAAGAAUUGGUUGACGAAACUGAGGGAUAUUCUGGGGCCGAGAUCAACGCUGUUUGUCACGAAGCCGCAAUGGUGGCAUUAGAAGAAAGUCUUCAGAUUGAGAAGGUGAACAGAAAGCACUUUGAACGCGCUCUUAAAUUGGUUCGCCCUAGGACGUCGAAAAGUCUAAUUGAUUUGUAUCAAAGUUAUAUCGAAUUAAAGUUAUAAUUCUAUCCUCCAAUAAUAAGUACUAAAUAAAAUUGUCUACCUUUUAAUAACGUUUUGAAUAGAAGCGCCCAAAAAGACGUCUGCAUUCGGCGGUAAUCUGUAUUACGAAGCCAAAGCAAAGUAUAACCUCACAUCAUUACGAAAUGGUUCGCACACUGCUUUUCGCAUUUCUCGCAAAAUUAUCUUUAUUACAAUGCUAAUCAAAUAUCUUACAUUCUAUGGUGUAACGAUAUUGGAUUUAAUU